UUUUUUUUUUUUUUUUUUUACAAUCUCUUAACAAAAUGUUAAACACAUAUUCCCACAAAAAACAGCUAAAUAUAUCUAUAAACUAAAUUCAGAAUGCAUUAAAAAAAAACACUAGCUUAAAGAAAAACUUAGCUUAUGUUGGUCUUAACAGGGAGCAGCUGGAUUCCGCCAUGUGAAAUGAGUUGUCAUAUUCACUGUUGCCACUAGAAGGCAGUGUAUCCACCCAAAUCAAUAAAACUAAAUGCAAACACUUUCAAAACAAACCAUUACAACGCCACUUUAAUUAAACGAAUACGUGAAACAGUAAAAUUUAAUUUGAAUCUUUUUUUCUAAUCGAAUUACUUAUUCGAGUUAACCAAUUAAUCGUUGCAGCACUACUUUUCAACAAUAGUUUGCUUUAAAAAAAAUAUUAUUUUGGGGUAAUAAAAAUACAAUGGUUAAUUACAGAAAGUUACACUCUACAAAAUAAUAAGAAUAAAUUGUGAAAGAGAAACUUCUAUAUUGUCACAAUGUUAGCUAGUUUUGCUAUAUGUGAAUAGCUUUUUGCCUGUAAAUUACUCUUAUUUGAUCAUAUAAAGGCUAAAUUAGGCUUCAUGUUAUAUUUUCCACUAAAUAUAUGUUUAAACUAGUUUUCCAUGUGCAGUAAGUACAUUAUUUUGCCAUUAACUUUUUUGCACAUACACAAAAUAAUGCCACUAUUGACCACAAAGAAGUUGUUUGCAUGAGGCAAAUGUUGUCCAGUGUAAUUACAAAAUGUGCCCUCAAUGCAGUGUGCAAAAUAAUAUACUCCAGGUGACCACAAAAAGGUGUGUUUUGGCACAAAAUGGCAUACUUUUCCGCAUAUUGUGCCAGAAAAACUUUUAUUUGCAAAGGAAAGUGGCAGUCUCUAAUGCAAAUGAAAUAUUCUGCAAUUAAGACUAGAUUUAAUCACCAUAAGGCUUCAUUUGGCCAGACAGAAAAGAACCAGAACGACACAUCAUUGUUUUAAUGGUUCAUUGCAUAGUUUAUCAUGUAAAGUGUGAGAUAAAUUCACUUCUAAUCAAAUGUGUUUACCAAUAAAUGAAUUAAAAUUAUUUCGUCAUUUAAGUGAUCAUUUCCUGCCAUGUGCUUGCGGUUUGAACCUUAUUCUGUAAUUACUGCAAAGCUCCAUGAUGAAAUCUGUAGUUUUGUAUGUCAAUAAUAACAAAAAUUUAAUAUUUUUCCAACGUCGCCAUCAAGAACAAUACAACUUCCCCCAUCAUUACUACUCGAUUCCUGCUUGUUACACCAUUGGUCAAAAGUGCGAUCGAUAGAUAAGCUUCGACCAAUGGGUGACGUUACUGUACGUCGCAGCUGUCCAAUCACAAACCUGUGCUGCCUUAUGUGCCCGCCCCUACGAGACGUCAGCUCGUAGUCUAGCCGAAACAAGUCAUUUAACAGAGUGGACGAGUUGGUCAACAUCUACAACUUGUUCCCUCAACUAACCUUUUAAAUAAGUUAUAAAUAUAACUUUAAGCUUCCUAUAUUAUGCUCAAAGUUAGAGUUUGCAAUUACUCGUAACUUAAAGCUCCUGUUGCUGCACUUUUUCUCUGCCCUGUUUUCGCUAUCCAUACUCUGCUUUUUGGGGGAAGGAUGUCAGGCCCCGGCAACUCGCUCCAGCAACCCCGAGUGAGGCGCAGCAACGCGGGUUCUCCGGGCUGCCGCCUGCACCCGCUCCGCGCCACCGUACCCUACCAGCUGCUGCGCGGCGGGCAGGGCAGCCCGACGCGGCCGUCGCACAACCUCCACGGCGGGGCCGCCGGAGGCAGUCGAGGCUCCAGCCCCCCCUCCAGUCCGACCCUCCUCCCAGGAAGUAAGCAGAGAUUGUCGCCCGAAAACAAGGACGCCUCCUGCCCACCAGACUCGCCCGUUUCCAGAGCCGAUAGGUCCAAGUUGCAGACGCGGAGCUCCAGCGCCAUCCGGCGGACGUCUUCCCUGGACGCCAUUACGGGGCCUUACCUCACCGGGCAGUGGCCCCGAGAUGCUCAUGGGCAAUACCCCUCCUGUAUGAAAGACAAGUCCACUCAGACUCCAGGUGUAUGGAUGGAUGAGAGCUCCGACCAAGGAGGCCCACAUCAGAGGUCCGCAUCGUGGGGGAGCGCGGACCACCUCAAGGAGCAGAUUGCGAAACUGAGGCUGCAACUCCAGCGUAGCAAACAGGGAAAUCGUCAGAGCAAAGAACGAGACGCUACGGCCGGGAUGCCGCACGCACAACAUGGCACAACCUGCCCGUCACAGCAUAAGGGGUCGUCUUGUUCGUUGUCCACCAAGUCGCUGAUCUGCCGAGUGCCCAGCAGCGUGGAAGCCAUCAACCACGAGUUGGAAAACGUCUUCAUCAGACACGACUGGGAACACACAUUACACGCGACAGAUGCGGCAGACGGCCGUCGGGCCCCCUUCCCGCUACAGCGCUACAUCGGGGAGACACGGGACACGGACACCCAGGCCCCCUCCAGCGGUGAGUCCAGUCCAUCCCCCCGCCUCCUCAGCCCCCAACACCUGCAUUCCCCGGACGGAAGCCCCUCGUCCUCGGCCGAUGACGUGGACAAAGACGGCUCGUGCGGCUCGCCGCUGCCCAAAUUCGCCACGUCUCCCAAACCCAACAACAGCUAUAUGUUCAAACGAGAACCUCCCGAAGGCUGCGAGCGGGUCAAGGUCUUUGACGAGAUGCUCACUUGCGGCCAAUCCAAAGGCUUCCCUCUGUUCUCGUGUCCCGACAAAAACAAAGUCAACUUCAUCCCCCGAGGUUCGGCUUUCUGCCCAGUCAAGCUGCUGUGCUCGUCCCUCUUCUCGCCCGUCAACGACGACGUUCUCCACGGCAACGACGACCCUCCAGACUCGCCGGAAGCUGAGGCGCUCGUCGGCAGGAAUAUCAAAGAUGCUGCUACCUUAUAAUUACCGUAAGAGCAAAAGCUUUGCACUCCGUUAGUUCCAGAUGGAGAACGUGUCCACGCAUUCAACAAUAUUUUCAAAAUGGCUUUUAAAAAUGACUUUUUUUAUGAGAAAAAUCAGAAGGAAAUAGGUGAGUAAAAUGCGACAAAUCAUGAAUUCUGACAAAAAAAAAAAAGUAAUCAAAAAUAUGCUUUUUUGUAGUCUUUAACAGGUAACACUAUAUAGUUUGAGUAGUCAUUUAAUGGCAGCCAUUUUAAAGGAUUAUGAUUAUCUUUUAAAUCACAUAAAAUAUUUUAUUCUAUGACUUAAUACAUCUAUCUAGCAAAUGAAGGAAUCAAGUCUCUACUGUCACCAGUUUUUAAUUUAUAACGUGGCAUGUUUUUAUCAAAAAGCGGUUGUUUCUUCCAAAAAUCAAACUGGGCUGCUCUCAUAUUAAAAUGCUACAUCGCUGCCAUCUACUGGUGGUUGUGAGUCAGGAGAUACCGGUCGUUUUCUUAGGUAAACAAACUAGAGGAGCAGACACCCGCCUAAGCAGACAAAUUCAAAGAAUAACAAUAUUUGCUAGCGUGGAUGCGCCGUUUAAAUCUUUCAGUGCCAUUAGCAUCUAGUUAUGUGACUCGUUUCAUCCUUAUGCCGUGAAUUUGUCACUAGUAGAUGUAGACAUCAAGUCAAUUAGAAUUGGGAGGUCUGGCAGUGAAUUAACAUUCCGCCGUCAAGGGCAGCUAAUGACUUAAGUGGCCUAUGAAACAAGUAAUCGGUGUUUUUCACCUCUUUAGUUGCAUCUUACAAACAUAUCCUGUAAACUGGAUAAUCCCUUUAUUCAUGGUUGAGUUAUCAUGAAAUUCCUUUUCUGACCUCUGUGACCUUUGACUUCAUGGAUCGAAAUUUAAUCUAGGGCUGCAGUUAUCGAUUAUUUUAGUAGUCGAUUAAUCGAUGAACUAGUUAGUUCGAUUAAUAGACUAAUAAGGAACAUAAAAAAAUUAGAUACCUGAGCUGAGCCUUAAACGUUAUAAAAAAUGAGGAUCUAAGUACAACAAAAGAACAACCGGCUAAUUUACAUAGCAAAAGUCCGCUUUCUUAAAUGCUAUAAAAUGCUGACAUUAUUUUAUUUUUCUACAAUGCUCUUAAACGGUUCAAACACAUAUUCCCACAAAAAAACGGCUAAAUAUACGUAUAAACUAAAUUACGAACGCAUUAAAAAAAAUUUGCUCAAACAAAAAACUUAGGUUAUAUUGUUCUUAACAGGGAGCAGCUGGAUUCAGCCAUGUGAAAUAAGUUUGAUCAUAUUUACUUUUGCCACUAGAGGGCAGUGUAUCCACCCAAAGUAAUAAAACUAAAUGCCAACACUUUGAAAACAAACAUUACAACACCACUUUAAUUAAACGAAUACUCGAAGCUGCGAAAUUCUAAUCAUUUUUUUAAUGGAUCAUUGCCGCACUAAUUUAAUCACCUCAUUGUUUCAUAUUACAUUCCUAUUUUCCAGGUGCGACAAUCCCUUUAUUGGUUUUCUUGAGUUAUAGCAAAAUUCCUUUUACUCCAUUGACCUUUGACCUCAUGAAACCAAAAAUUAAUCCUCUUCCAUUUCAUAUGACAAACAAAUCCUCCAAAUUUGAUAAUCUAUUUGUUUGUGAGUUAUCGUGAAAUUCCUUUUCUCACCUAUGACCUUUGACCUCAUAACCCAAAAUCAGAUCACCUUUUCCAUUUCAAAUUACAAACAUAUCAUGCAAGUUUGACAAUCCCUUUUUGUUCCCAUUUGUUUUGCUAUUACGAAUUUUUUCUCACCUCUGACCUUAUGAACCCAAACUAUAACCACCUCUUCGUUCCAUAUUACAGACAUUCCUAUUUUCAAAGUCGAUCAGUCCCUUUAUUCGUUAUCAAAAAUUCCUAUACUCACCCCAUUGACCUUUGACCUCACGAAACCAGAAAAUGAAUUCUCUUCUGGUUAAUAUGAUAAAUAUAUCCUCCAAGUUUAAUAAUCCCUCGCGAAAUUCCUUUUCUCACCUCAGUGACCUUUGACCUCAUAACCCAAAAUGUAAUCACCUCUACCUUGCAAGUUUAAUAAUCCCUUUUUUCGUUCUUGAGUUAUCUUGAACACAAAUAUACCGCCGCCUUCCUUAGGUUUCACCUACUGGCGGAGAUGAUCAUUUAUAAUGCGUUUGGACCAAUCAGAACGCCCGGCCCGGAAAAUAUUGGCGAAUGCGUGGACUUGUCCCUUGUGAAUCAUCUACUACCCGCCCCCAUUGGCUAAAGCAACUUGAGUUUGGACCAGUGGUUUCCAUAGCAACAAACUUUCCAAACAGCUUUUUCGCUGACGACAACAUUGCUGCUUGUGACUACAUGACCCAAUUUGGCUUUUGUUUAGUUUUUUUAAAUGAGCGACCAAAAGACUGCUGCCUUUUUAAUCUUCUUGUGCAACGUUGAAGCUGUUAGCUUGCGCAUUCCGCAGAAGUGUUGCGUCAUGGGUCAUCGUGGAUGGCGACCCUGCCCUUUUUAAGUGACAAAUGUUGGUGAAUGGACCAAAGCAAAGUGUGAGAAAACAAUAGGAUUAGUGGAUGGCGCCUAUGUGUGUUUUGAUUCCAAAAUAAAAAGGAUCCAGCCACACGACAAAUUGUGUUGUUGUUUCCCUCCGCCGGUUAGAAACAAUGAUAAAUUUCAACAUAUUGUUAUGAUAUGUUUAUUUCCAGCAGGCCAGUGUUGACAUUACAGCAUAGUCAUCUUCAAAUCCAGUCCAAAGUUCAUUCUGCUCACUUCCUGUGUCUACCAAGGAAGUUAACUGAGCAUUGUGUCCGCGUUUGUUAAGCGUUGUGAAGUUGCUGCUCGUCUUGACUUUUGCCGACCGCGUCCGGGUUGGCGAGCGGGUCCAAGUCUGCGAAAAGGUUGAACCACGCCGACAGGUCUUUGGAUGGCCCCCGAUGACUUGCUGUGUAAAAAAAAAAAAGGAUAAUUGUACUCUGGGAAGCCAUUUAAAAAAUAAAUAAAAUGGUCAUUUUCACAAGAAUUAACGAAAAGUUGUAUUUUUUUUCCCCCCCAGGAAUUCUUCCCUGGAAGAUGUUUUACUUGUAAAAUGUAAUAAUUUUACAACAAAGAUUUUCCUAGGGAGAGAAGUUAGGUAAGAAUAAGGGUACAAUGUUGCAAGAGUAAUCACAUUAAUUCUACAAGUAUUAUAGGUUUUUAUUAGGAAGAAGAUUUUGAUUUUUCUCUGCAGUUUAUAGUCUAGUGCGGCUUAUUCAUGGAUUCUGACAGGUUAUGAGCUACAUGUCUUUUGAUGUAAAUCCCAUUAUACAAUAUGGACACCUGCGGCUUACAGAUGUAGUUUUAUUGCAAUAUUUGGCUUACAGUCGGGUGCGGUUUAUAGUUGGUAAAUUAGUCAUUUUAUUAGGAAGAAAAAUGAAUUAGAGUAUUUUGUAACCAAAGUGGGGAUGUCCCCAAUCUGAUCACGUGAUCGGAAACUGGGCGAAAAGGAUCGGCUUUUGAAAUUAUUUUUUUUAAGAGAACUACGGACAGAAGGACUAGUAAUUCUUAAAAGAUAAAUACCGUAUUGGCCCGAAUAUAAGACGGUGUUUUUUUGCAUUGAAAUAAGACUGGAAAAGUGGGAGUCGUCUUAUAUUCGGGGUCUAGACAUUAUACCCAGUCACGACGCUAGAUGGUGCCAGAUAUCAUUGAAGCGAAUGCUGAACUUGAGUAAUGUUCUGUCACGACAGAUCUCAGCUACUCUCAAGUUUAACCAGUUUGCAUUAUUUUAUUGCAAUGUUUUUCCUUAUUCAGAUUUGUUUCAAGACUAAUUACAGUUAGACCUCACUUUGAUGGUUAAUGCAGUUAUUGCAAUUUUGUUGUUUUGUCACAAUAGAUUGGUUUAUUUACAUUUCAAAAACCAGAAGCCAUUCAUUUACGAAUGUGAUUGUGCUUUAGUUCACAUAUUUAAAUGUUCAGAUAUUGAUUUGAAUGAGGCAAAAUAACUUGCUUUUUCUCUCAAAUAUAUUGUUAUGAUCAUUUAUUUCAGAUGAACUAUAAUUUUCUGUAUAAAAAUUAAUUUGGUGUUCAAAAAGUCUUUUUUUCAAACUUGAGUCUUGAAAAAGAGGGGGUCAUCUUAUAUUCGGGCCAAUACGGUAUUAGUAUGAGUUACAAUUUGAUAGUCAAACCACUCAAUGUUUUCGUUUAUAAAAUUUGAAAAAUUAGUUAACUAGUAGGUCGCUUUUGUUGUUGACAACGCAAUGCACUCUGGGCGGUGACGUCACUGGGCAGCGUGGCCAUACUUCCCCAGUGUCACUCGUUAGCUCCAUAAACGUGUCAUCGGUUUUGCCCUUCCAAUUUGAACCCGAGCGGAAAACUGAUGAACAGGACAGCACUGUCGAUAUUUCAUAAAAACGAGCAGCAAAAGCAAUCACAGGUCUCCAGCGGGAUUCGAACACGCGUUUCCCGUGCGACAGACAAGCACGUAGACCACAGGACUAAAAUUACGCGUUCCGUUAGUCAAGGUUUUCUUUAUGAAUAAAGAUGCACAAUAAUAUCAGUUACCGAUAAAUAUCGGCCAAUAAUGGCAAUUAUGACAUCACACAGACUUUAAAAAAUUCAACCGAUAAUGCAAUCCGAUAAUUAUAUACCGUAUUGGCCCGAAUAUAAGACGGCCCUGAUUAUAAGACGACCCCCUCUUUUUCAAGACAAGUUUGAAAAAGACUUUUUG